AUGUUCAUGAAUGAGGAAGACAGGAAGUACAAUGAGGUUGUUGCUUUAUUGCCCAAUACCUGUUUGGCUCAAGAUGUGGACAAUGAUACAAAGAAUCAAAAAGUUAUGACGAUAGAUGCAGCGACUGAGAACGCAGCACACGCUUCUGUGGUCGUAAAAAUCCCCUUUCUGCGCGAGCUCGAGUUAGCGCCCGUUAUGAUGUUCCCACAGCAGGUAUCUCGAGCUAUGGAGGUCCGCCAGUUUCUCUCAAGCGUCGAGUUCAUUGCUAUUCACGAUGUGAUUGAGCGCGAGGAUAAUGUCAUGUACUUUGUGCUGGACGUAUAUCGCUACCGUCAACAGAAGGGACUGCCGUCAACGCGUUGCAAUGUGUCAGCAGGGCAGUUAUUUCCACCGCACAAGCGUCCAGCAGAUCACGAACCGAAAAACAGAGACCCAGAUUACCAGAUUGAACAGCGUUACUCGAGCUUUGCAAGACUAUGCUCGAACGUUGUGCACAUUGCACGCAAGCACCAUCCUAGGUACAAAUCGUGCGCGUAUUGUGACGGUCUGCUCGAUUUCUUGCACAUGACGCCGUGCAAACCUAGUUUCAAAGUUAAGUAUACGACCACGACGAAAGAACGAAAAGAUAUUCUGAGCUCCUUUAUCAAUGAACUGGUGUUUGCGGCACGCGAGGACUACACAUCGUGUCAGCGAUCAUUACGUGGCUACCAUAUUAUCCCGGCACUCGUUCAGCGCUUUUUGUUGAAGCAAACUGGUGAAUCUUUUUUUUCUUGA